UUCUGGGAAUUAUAGUUUUCCGGUUACUAAGGAGCAGCCCGUGGGACAAAAUGUCGUACGUGUUCCCGAAGAAGGCUGGUGUGUCGCUCAAGCAGGUGAAGACUGUCCUGGUCACCUUUUGUCCUUUCGAAUUCAACGUGCAAAGCACCAGAAAUUUUCUUCAAUGUCUAUUUGAAAAGAAGGCAUACAAAUCAAACUUGAACUGUGAUGUGAAAACAGAGGUAAAACAUGAUGGAACUGAACCAGUUAUAGAUAUCACAUUUGUGGAUGGUGAAAGAUUGAUUAUGAAAGGAGCCAAUUUAACAACUAAAGAGAUGUUAGAUGCAUUCAACUCUAGAUGUCAAAAGAAAGAAUUUGCAUUGGCAGAAUAGCCACCACCAUAGACUACUUGAAACUGGCAAUAGAAGAGUUUACAUCAAUAAUAUAAAUGCAUAAAAAUCUGCAUGAAGCUACUUUAGAAAAAUGGCAAGGACUUUCCUAAUAACUGAAAGAAUCUGAAGUGGAUAUAUAGAGGAGAAAAGUGGAUUCUGGUUUCAAAAAUGCUUUCUGGACUUUUGAUUAAAGAUUAAACUCUUAAUACCUUAUCAGUGUUGGAUUAACAUCAUUUUUCUUAGUAGGUCAAAUCAUCAAGUAAGUGAUGAUCCUUUUAAUCACUUGAU